UAAUUAAAGUGGUUUUAACAAUAUUUUAUACUUAACCAUGGAGUUUCCUGAUCUGGGCAUUCAGUGUUUUGUAGAAAAUUGUAAACAAAAUGAUUUCUUAUCAACUCCGUGUUUUUACUGCUGUGGAAUAUAUUGCAAAAGUCAUUUCAAUGUUUAUGCACAUAAUUGUGCUAGAAAUCCAGACCAUAUCCUGACAGAACCUGGGAAUACGUGUAACAAUUAUUUUGUCUGCUCGAUACCACAAUGCAACAUAACUUCUCCUAUUGCCAUGAAUUGUCUUAAUUGUCAACAUCAUUUCUGCAUAUCUCAUCGUCAUCAUGGAUGUUAUGGAAAAAGUCAACAGCAACUUGCUAAUGAAGCAUUAAAUUGGAAUAGACCACAAGAACAAUAUGCGGCUGCUAAAAGUGCUAUUGAUGCAGAAUUAAGCAGGAAUUUUCAAAGAUCCAGAAAUACUCCCAUGGCAAACAAGAUUCAACUAAUGAAAAUAAAAGGUAGAGCUAUAGGUUCCAGAGCAAUACCAAUGCAGGAUCGACGAUAUUUUCUUGUUUAUCCACCUUUACAACCAUCGCAUAAAUAUAAUCCGAUUGCUGUUUUUGUAAGCAACAUCUGGACAAUUGGCAAGGUUAUCGAUACAAUGGCUGAAUUCUUGGGAGUGAAGAAUUCAAAUAACAUACCAAAUGCAGUUAAAUUGAGAAUUUUUUAUCAUGAUACCGGAGAAUUGAUAACUGAUCAAAUGGACCGUGUAUUGUGUGAUUUUUAUCUACAUCGUCAAUUAUUUGAUGGUCAAAGUGUAAUAUUAGAAUAUUCCAAUGAGAUACGCAUUGAUUCUUCUUUAUAUUAAAAAUUUCAUAAAUGUA